UCGCCAUUUCUUCUUUUGUGGGAAGCAUAACACAAUAAAAAGACCUUCUCCCUCUCUCCCUUUCUGCAGAGAAUCCAAAGGCUCCUGUGAAGCAAGCAAGCAAGCAAUUCAUUUGUAGAAGGACAUUCCCACUUUCAACAUGCCUUCUCAAGUACCUAGGAAAAGGAUGGAGGAGAAGUCCCCUCGGAUCAUCAUAAAACAUCUGGUUAGUAGCAAACUAAUAAAAAUCCCAGCUUUGAACAUGGAUGAUGUGAAGAAGCACUCAAAUAUGGUUGAGUCACCAACAUCUCAAGCAGCAACCAUGAUGAGGAAAUCUUCUAGUGAGAGGUGGAAUUGUUUAUGCUCCCCCACCAAACAUGCUGGCUCCUUCAGGUGCCGUCGCCACCGUUCCACUUCGAUGCACAGAUCCAUGUCUAUUGACUCCAGGCUCUCUUCAAUGCCCUCCAAAGACUCACCACCACAAGCUCAAUAGCCUUCCUGCAAUGGUCGUGUGUGCACAUAAUCACAUCAUCACAGCAGCCAGUGUGUCUUAUUUAAUCUGGUAUCAUGUUGAGCAGUGUAACAAAUUAAGCCAUGAACAUGGCUUGUAAUUUAUAUAUUUGAGUUGUGGUGAUUGAAUGAAUACAUUAAUGAGUUCUUUCUUCAA